UGAUGCUUAAGCAAAAAGAGGAAAAAGGGUUCAUUUGGCGAUGGGAACUAAUUUCUGGACCAUGGAAUGCUACAUUAAGUCCUAAAUUGACUGCAUUCAUGUCAGAUGAGUUAUUAAACUUCUAACGUGUGGUUGGCGCGUGAAUCACGAUGAUUUUUUUUAGUUUUUUGCUGGCUGGUCUGACAAUAAUAAAUUGCACGUCAUCAUUAGAGAAUCAUACUUUAACAACAUCAGAAGCUGAGGAACGAUCAAACUCAUCAAAAUGUGUAAAAUCAUACGUAAUGGAAUCGUAUGAAAGUAAUAAGGCAUGUCUGAUGAAAUAUAUAAGACAUAUUCUGCCAGAAGUUAUUAAUGUGUCGACGACACCCACAACACCAUUUCCUACUACAGUGUUCAGUGUGUCUAAUGUCACUACAUCGGUAUUGAUGAAUUCAACAUCACCAACUCCAUCAUCGCCGGUACCAACUUCACCAUCACCGAUAACACCAAUCUUAUCUUCACCAACUAAAGUGAUGAAACCCGAGAUGUCCACGACGCCAAUAACGCCAAUUCCUACCACAGUGGUCAGUGUGUCUAAUGUCACUACAUCAGUAUUGAUGAAUUCAACAUCACCAACUACAUCAUCGCCGGCACCAACUUCACCAUCACUGGGAACUCCAAACUUACCUUCACCUGCAACACCACUAGGAACGGAUUCUACGACAGUGGUGCCACCAACUAAAGUGUUUAAACCCGAGAUAGACUGCUUAAGCAUAGAUAGCGUCAAAGGAGUUUUUGUUAAUAAUUGGAAAAACUAUCAGAGUAUAAAGUUUAAGGGGAACCAGACAGUUAAUAAUAAAAUAAGAAUGAACUUGCAAGUUGGACACGAGAUACUCCUAGAAUUAUUAGAAAAAUUGUUCCAGAAAUCAAAACUUGAGGCUUUUAAAAUAGAAGACUUGCGUUGUAUCAAAGAUGCGAGGAAAGAGCUGACAAACGAAUGCCUUAUGAAGAAACUGAAAAGCGUAGAUGUGAAUAAAUUACAUGUCAGAAUUUCACAAACCAUGUCCCGAACACGAAAAUUUGAAUUAGAGAAAACGACGUGUGAAUCUAGUCAUAAAUUUAAUCUAUGUGUAAAGGGAGUUUUGAAGAAAUGCGUCAAAGCCCUCACUUUUGUUGAAGACGUAGAAAAUGUGAUGUCCAAGAGAUGUAAAGUUAUAAUGAGUACGCUAUCGGGUACUCAAAAAACAAAAGGUAUAACGAUAACUCUUAUCGUUGUUCUUGUGUGCAUUGCCGGUACAGUACUAGCUAUAUUCGGUAUAAAGAAGUAUGUGAAAAAUCGUCGAAACAGUGGGCACCAUACUGUUACUAGAAGUAGUCCAGGAGAAGUUGAAAUGACUACGAGAGUAAGACCUUCUGGAUAAUCCCUAAAUGUUAUUAAAUAUAACGUAAGCCUCAAUAAUAAUUCUUUUCUUCAAUACAAUAUGGGCAUACAAAAAAACUUAUACCCACCUAAUAAAUGUUUUAAGAAACUCAGAACUUACUUCUGUGUUUUGUUAUAAAUAUAAAUUCUUGUUCAAUAUA